AUGGCCUGCAAAACACGAGGCAUCGGGUUGCCUCUACUUCUGCUAGCGCUUUUCGCGGCGUCGGUGUUUAUAGCGCCUGCAUCCGCGAGGAGCAUCGCUCUAAGCCGCGGUCUCAAUCUAAGAAUUCACUCGUUCUUAAAUGUAGCGCCAAGCAAAUCGAUUCUUCUGGCUGCUGAUAAUUUAAGUAACGGCGAUGGCGCACAUUUAGGGGGACUCGGAGGCACAGGCGGUGAUGCUGGCGGAGAAUUAGGCGGUCGCGGCGGAGGUUCGGGCGGUCCUGGAGGUGAUCAGAGCGGCCCUGGCGGGGAACAAGCGGGAGCCGGCGGACAGCAGCAGGGCGGUCCUGGCGGACAGCAGGGGGGUCUUGGCGGAGAGCAGGGGGAACCUGGCGGGGAGCAGGGGGGUGCUGGCGGACAGCAGGUGGGUGUUGGCGGGGGGCAGGGAGGUGUUGGAGGGGAUCAGGGGGGAUCUGACGGAAAGCAGGGGGGAUCUGGCGGGGAUCAGGGGGGAUCUGGUGGGUAUCAGGGGGGAUCUGGCGGGGAUCAGGGGGGAACUGGCGGGAAGCAGGAGGAAUCUGGAGGGAUCGCUACUCCUCAGAUUGUAGGUAGCGUUACGGGCUCAAAGAUUAAUGUGGGUGGCAAUGGGGGAAAGGGGGGAAAGGGGGGAAAGGGAGGAAAGGGAGGAAAGGGAGGAAAGGGCGGCAAGGGUGGAAAAGGGGGAAAGGAUGGCAAGGGUGGGAAGAAGUGA